GCUAACCAACUAUCUUUGCGUGGGGUACAAUCAAUGCGUAUAUUCAAGCAUGUCAUUCCAUCUCUGACAAACAAAAUUUCUUUUACUUAUCAUAAAAUAAUUAAUACGCAUAAAAUAAUAGGGAAGUUAUAUUAACAUUACCGUAGUAAUCCUUUAGUCCAGAAUUCUUCUCCUAUUCCGCCUCCUAUACUCUUCUUUCACUUCUUUUCCUUUCUUCAUAUUUUUCGCUUAUCUUUCACUUUACAAACAAUCAAAACGACUCCGUAAAACCAAAAGAAUGAUUUGUAAAACCAAUCAGUAAUGAUGUCGAUAUUUGAAUAUUUCAUAAAGUAAAGUUAUAGAAAACUUUCCAUAGAUUCGGUAUUUCGAUAAUGCCACUACAAUGUGCCACGCCCAAACGUCAGCACCAACGCUAUAGCAUUCCCCACACACCCACGCACUUAGUUUUACCGUUUCUUUUGCUCCCCUUUUCGUACGUUACCCGAUAAAAUGUGGAACUUGGACUUAGGAAUACUUCAAGGCCACCUACACACUUGCUAGUAUUUCACACCACCCUCCCCCCUCUGUUUCCGUGCAUACCCCUUUCCCAUGUGUUGGACUUAGAAAAUUCUCAACUUUGCAUAUGAUCAUUAAAUUCUUUUUCUCGCCGUACAUUUUUAAACGUUUCUUUUCUAUUCCCCUUGCCAAAUGAAUGUUUAUUUUUAAAUUCUUUCUUUUUAAUAAUAAUGUUUAGCUUCCCCUCUUUCCAAUAAUACUAAUUAAUUGUUGCAAUAUUGUUUCUCUUUAUACUUAAACAAAUUAUAAUAUGAUGCAUUUCAUUUCCGUAUCCUUUUGCCGUAGCGUAACUAGCAAAAAGCCGACGGAAAAUCUUUGACAUUUUUAAGCCUAGAAUAUGUUACUCCCAUUUUUAUCUUUUGCUACCCUUUUCAUUCUUUGAUUUUAUUUUUGUUUUGUAUGAAAUCCAUAAAAGUUUCGUCUAUUUUGUUUUAUUCCAUUAUUGUACGUACUAUUUUUCCCAAAAUUUUGUUUUGUUUUGUUUUGUUUAUGCCUAUAGAAAUGUCACCAUUGCCAUUUCUGCUACUGCUAAGCCUUUGCUGGAUUCGUCCGCAAGCCUUUGAAACAACCGUUUGCGAUUGCUCAGAGCCAUUAAGAAUGGGAAUUCUUCAAUUCUCUGACGCAAAUUGCCGGCCAAAAGAAAUUGACAAAAAUAAUGUUCAAGUGAAAUACGGUGUUUACAGUGAAGAACGGGCAGCAGCUCAUUUUCCGGGAUAUAUUUGCGCAAAAUGGAAAAACAUUAAACACACUACUGUGAGUUUUUUCGGCCAGGUAGUGAUUGUGCCGGACAAAAUUUCCAUCGAUACGACACCUUCAGAGUGCAACGACAUGAUUAACCAUAAAAAGUGCAACGGAAAUGAGAUGAAAGCUUCGGAUAAUAAAUAUGUAUUCGAUCACGAUCCAACACCUUUGAAAUAUUGGAUGAGUACAGUAACAGCACAAAUUACUAACUGCGUCCUUGAAAAAGUGCAACUUUAUCAACAAAGUGAAGACACUAACUUCCAGACACCUAUUGGCACAGCAUCCGCGACGGCAGGUAACUUGUCACAUUAUCAUUUAACAUUGGUAUGGGACACUACCUACACGCAUCACACGGCACCAAUCAACCGACUUGUUGAAUCUGGUGUCGGUACACUAACAAGACAGUUGGAAGGCGAAAAGUCGUUCCGUCUACAGGAUGACGACCAUCAAUUAGAUUUUCACUUAACUCUUCGAUCUCCUUGUCUCCCACUUCAACACAAUUGUACGAACUGGUACGGUACGAACCGUACAUCAGCCUACGAUGUCGUGGGUCAACCAAAAUUGUACAUUUUGACAGGAGAGAUGAAGGAGAAUUCUUCUUCAGCAUCAACAACGACAUCACCGCCACCUAACGCUGAAAUUUUCAGUAUACCAGCUAAUAUACAAUAUAUUCGCGAUCAACUCACCGAUCACGAGAAUGAAUUAGCAAGACUAAUUCAAAUAUUACAAUGUGAUUCCCGAAAGGCGAAACACGAACGAGCUAUCGCAGCCGCUCAAUAUAAUGGAUGGUUAGCGGCUUCCCAAUUAAAUUUACCCCAGUGCACGAAACUCCAAGCUUUGGGUAGAACGGCAGUUGUCAUCCAAUGCAAAGAACUAAAUGUCACAUUUGACACCGUGGUGACCUCUUGCGGUCCGCAACCAAAAUUCCAAAAUUUUACGAUAACCCUUGAUGGAUGGGAACUUGUAAAAUUUUCAACCUGUUAUUGGACCAAUGGAUUUGUCAACUUUAAUGGCAAACCGUACGCAUUCCGUAAUAACACCUGGAACCCAAUCGAGGCAAAUAUUAUUUUACCGGAGCAGUCACUAGCCCACUCCUUUCGUUACGAAGAUGUCAAAUUUUCUGAUUACGAACAUCGCAGCAACCCAGCAUACAGUGAUACCAUGCUUAACCACAUGAAUAUCAUGGCCGAUAUUGCGGCAGCAAUGAACGAACACUCACAAGAUAUAUCUUCGGUACACGAAACAUUGAGUACCUCCAAUGUUUUGAUAACAGCAUCCAAUGUCGGGACCUACACCAGCUGGUGGGUAAAACUGAAGGAUUAUUUUUACAUCGGUUUACUCUGUGUUUCCGGUGUGGUCCUCAUGCGUAUCUGCUAUUGCUUGGGAUUUUUCGAAAUGAUUCGGAGUCUAUGCUGUCCCAAAUGGAAAACUUCGACCACCGCAACUUCCGGAUCUUUCGAAUUCAAUGAGAGAUUACGGGACGUAAUCUCACGCAACCGGGAGUGAUGUAACGAAGCCAUCUAAAUAUAUAUACCUUUGCAGAUACCCACAAUAUGAUCUAUUUGCUUAUGCUUAUUUUAUAUUCACAUUAUAUUCUUAUUCACUAUUACAAACGUAUUUGCUAGUUGCUUCAUGUGCAACCAUGUUGACCUAGAUAAAACUUCCGGGUUCUGACUCACGCGUGUGACGCACCUACGCGUCACGAACAUCACGCCACAUGCGAAGAUGCGACGUUUCAUGGUGAACCCACUUUCUGACAAGAGUCAGACAAGUAUCAGCUUGCAAGACGUUCAGUCGCCUUUAGCUUGAAUUGUCACUCUUGAACAGUAGACUUUUAUCUUGAUGUGUUAGCUUAUUCAUUUUAAUCCAUUAGGUAUUCCUCCAACUUUUUUUGUUCUUCUUUCCUCUCCGAGCGUUGUGUGUAUUCGAAUUAUCUUCUCAACACGUACUCCAAAUACUAUACGUGUCGGCAAGUAGUAUUGUUCCCCGUUUUUCUUCCAUUAUUCCCUCACGUUUGUACGCCCGCGCUAACACGGUAAGAUCAAAUUACUUUGUCUCGAAUCUCACGCUCAGUUUCCCAAUUGGACUCACGUCCAUGUAUCCCUACUCGUUUUGUAAACCUUUGGCCUCAGCUUAGUAAUACAUAAUCAUCAUUGUGGGUAAA